UGAACGUGGAACGGUUUACGUGCGUGCGUAAUCUGCGGGCCCCGUGAAGUGUUAAAAGCGUUGUGGUUGUUGUUUCGUUUUGUUUUUGCCGUUCCGGGCGGCCGGGGUGCUAAACGAGGCAUGAACAGAAACACCCGAGAACAAAUUAAGCUGUUGGCAAUGGAAUGAGCACUCAAGAGUCCCUUUGCGGUUUCAGUUAGACUUUCAGGUGAAUCUUCGAGAAGUGAAUUAGGUGUAAACUAAGCACACAUGGCUGCCGAAGCACUGACGGUGUAAUAUUGAAGUUUGUGUUGUUUUAUUUUCUGCUUGUGUUAUGGUGCCAAAGGCUUGCAAACAUUUCUAGAAACCCAGGAUGAUGCCGCUAGCACCUACCUCUGUGAUAGCCAUGUCGACACAGAAGCCACGCAUCGGGUUCAGCAUUGAAUCCAUUGUUGGAAACAGGUUAUCCAAAUCGCCGCCGCAUUACUCUCCUAACAGUGACAACUCCGAGCGGCCCCUAAGUCCGCUCAGUGAUAGUAGUUACCCCAACGAGCUGCCGACUCAUUUGCGGCUUCCGAUGAUACCGCCGGAUUUACAACGAACUCUAAGACUACCCGUGAACUGUUCACCCAGUGAUUAUAGUACGCGAGUACAACAGUUGACCCAAUGUUCCUCGCCUCCUUUCGACCUAAACCGAACGAACCGUCUUCCGGAGUCCCCCCAAAGUCAAGAUCUGUCCCGAUUAGAUAAUAGCAAAAGUCCUCCACAAACCCGACUGACUCCGGAGGGAAGCACAGAUCGCCGAUCACGAAGUCCAUCUCCUCAGACGCAUGGUUCACUCGGAAACAGCAAAGGACCAAUAAUAGUUCCUGGUCUGCCAGCCGGCUUAGUGCGACCGUUUCCGGUUGGGCCGCCUGUUCCACCACACCACAUGAGUGAGCUUAAAUCUAUACCGCAGUUCAUGAACACCCAGGAGAUGGUCCAAGCUGCCCACAAUCAGCAUCUUCUGGCGGCCCAGUUCCAGGCGGCAGCGGCCUUGGCACAUGUGCAGGCUGGCCAAGGAUUCCCACCGCAUCCUCAUGCGGGUCACUUGCACAACCCGAACAUUCCUCGCGACAGUUACCCGCUGUACCCCUGGCUGCUGAGCCGACACGGUCGUAAUGUGUUCCCGCCACGAUUUCCUGGAAGUUACUUACUCCCAUUCCGAAAACCAAAACGAGUGCGGACGGCAUUCUCACCCACGCAGCUGCUCAAACUGGAACACGCCUUCGAAAACAACCACUACGUGGUGGGGGCCGAACGGAAAACGCUGGCGCAGGUGCUUAGCCUAACGGAAACACAGGUCAAGGUAUGGUUCCAGAAUCGCCGCACAAAACACAAACGCAUGCAGCAGGAGGAGGACGCCAAGUCGGGUGGUGGCGGCCGCCCCGGCAGUGCUGGUGGCGGUGGCAGCGGAAAUCGAUCCUCCAGUCCGGGUGGUGCCUACGAUGACGACGAGGAGGACGACGAGCUGAUCGAUAUGGACAUGGAUGACUGCCCGAGUGACGAGGAGCAGGAAAUGUUUCACCAGCAGCAACAGCACCAAAUGCAACAGCAACACCUGCAGCAUCAAGCAUGAAAUUCAGCCCGGGAACGGUUGCUACUGCAAAUGAUCGUUCCUGACUGACAAGUGACUCAAACUGGUGAUAUUUUAUGAGAUAAUGUGUCUAAAUAAGUUCCUGAUGUGGGUCGGCUGAGUUGAGGCAGAAAUUGCAAAGCAAUGAAUCCACGGAAUGGGGUCGCGAUACAGCAUGGUGGGGGAAUGUUAUCUGAAUGUGCCAAAUUAGUCAUUCGAUGUAGCAUUUAUAACUUAACCUUAUGUGGAGCUUGUCUGCAGUUGGCGGCUGAAAAGUAGCACUGUGCCAAACUGAACGGAGUAUGCAUGUCUGUGCAGUACAAUUAUAGUGUAGAUAAGUAAUUCUAGAUGGUUUUGCAACUCAAUUAUGAAACAAUUAGCCAGGCAAAUAUAGUUGAUUAUUUAAUAUUUAUUUUCAAUUUAAACAAUAAAGAAAGAAAAAAAAACCCUAAGUGUGUAAAUAAGUUUGUAAGCAAUAACCGAGGCAUAGCGGUAAAUUAGAGUUUCUUUUUCAACAGAUGUGAUGGCACUAUCAGCUAGGAAAAAUGCAAAAAGAUUUUGAAUAGUUGCAAUAUAACUGGCUGUAGAAGAAGUAAAAACGUCAUUAAAUGGAAUGAAUGUGUAACGAUAUGUAGCAUCCAUCGUUGUCGGCUUAGGCAACCAUUUCUAGCUGUUCGAACUGUGGAUUAUAUAGAUGUCCCCGUCAACGUUGGUUGUUACUUUCGAUUAUUCGGCUGCCUCCAAUACAUAUGUUUAGAUGUAUUCCACCUAAGAACGUAACGAAAAUAUAGACAGAAGUUGUC